GUAGUAUUUCAAAUAAUGAAAGAAUAACGUAAAACGUUACACGAUAAAAUGACGGUGCAUUUCGUUAAUUUUUGUUAGGGACAAAUAUUUUUUAUUUAUUUAAAUAAUAAUGUAUAUAAAAAAAUUGUGGCGAGAUAGUCGGUGUUCAAAAAUAUUGGUAGUGACGAAUGAUUAUAAGUUGGUAUAAGUCGACCAGUUCUGUGUGUUAAUAAUCGAUAGAAAUUUUCUAAAUUCUAUUUGCUCUAACUGUUUUAUUAUAAACAUGGCUAAUCUGUUAGAUCUGUGCGAAAAAUAUUUCGGUUCACGAAAUUUUUAUGAAGUAUUAAAAAUAUCGACGGAUGCGGAUGAUAAACAGGUGAAAAAAGCUUAUCACAAGCUUUCUCUGCUUGUACAUCCGGAUCGUGUAGAGGAAAACAUCAAAGCCGAAGCUACGGAGAAAUUUAAAGUACUUGGUAGAAUUCAUUCUAUUCUUAGUGAUUCGGAAAAAAGAAAAAUCUAUAACGAGUCUGGUCAAUAUGACGAAGAAAGUGAAGAGGUUAUUAUGCGCAAUUGGGCUGAUUAUUGGAAGACGUUGUUCAAGCCGAUUACCGAAGAGACUAUCAGUAACUACGAGAAGACGUAUAAAGGUUCUGAAAUCGAAAUCAAGGAUUUAAAGAGAGCAUAUAUGGAUGGCAAAGGCGACAUGGAUUACAUUUUAGUAGUAGUACCUUUUAGUAAUUGCGAAGAAGAACCGAGAUACCAUACGAUCAUAGCUAAAUUAAUAGAAGCCGGCGAAGUACCUGAAUAUAAAGCUUUCACGGAAGAAAGCGAAAAGAAGAAAUUACGUAGGAAAAGAAAGUGGGCCAAAGAAGCCAUGGAGGCCGAACGAUUGAACAAAAUGCAAAAAAUCGAAGACGAAGAAAACGCAGCUGCUAAUGAUCUCGCAUUGGCGAUUCAAAAUCGUAAUAGAGAACGGGCCGAUCAAGCUAAUAAUUUCUUCGAUUCUUUGAUCGAUAAGUAUGCCAAAAAGGCAUCUAAAACUAGUACAAGUACGAACAAGAAGAAGAAGAAGGUUACGACGAAGAAAACGACGAAGAGGUUGACGCCCGUACAAAAUGUUAAGAAAACAAAGAGAAAGACUUAAGAGAAAUUAUCGAUUGUUAGAAUGUGUAGUUCAUGCUCAGAUCCAACCUAAUCUUAAAUCUAAUCUUUGCUAACACGA